GCGAAGCUUCUACGUUGACCAGUCAACGCUGAACCGCCGCGAAGACCAUGGCAACGGCAGCGGCGAGUUCUCGUGCCCGGUGUCUGCUUGGCUUCCGCCGCCGUGCGCCGCUGCCGCCUCUCCCUUUCCCUUCCCCGGUCACACGAGCGGCGACCCGCCGCCGCGGCGUGCGCAUGGCCUCGUCUGCCUCGGCGCCGCCCAGCACCACCAUCGAGGUGCCCGGCGCCGCGGGCCCCGUCGUCGUCGUGGGUGCGCCGGGACUUCCCGAGGCGGACUUCAGGAACGCGGUGGAUUCCGCGCUCUUCAAGCAGUGGCUGAGUAACCUGCAGUCGGAGAAGGGCGUCCUCACCUACGGGAGAUUGAACCUUACGAGAAUCCUUAUUCAGGGGGUUGACAUGUUCGGGAAACGUGUGGGAUUUCUCAAGUUCAAAGCUGACAUCAUUGAUGAGGAAACCAAAACCAAGGUUCCAGGAAUUGUCUUUGCAAGAGGGCCCGCUGUUGCUGUGUUGAUCCUUCUGGAGUCGAACGGGCAAACAUAUGCUGUUCUUACCGAGCAGGUAAGAGUUCCUGUUGGGAAAUUCUUGUUGGAGCUGCCAGCUGGGAUGCUAGAUGAUGAAAAAGGUGAUUUUGUUGGCACCGCAGUUCGUGAGGUGGAAGAAGAAACUGGUAUAAAGUUGAACUUAGAAGACAUGGUUGACCUUACUGCGCUGCUGGACCCUGCUACUGGUGGUCGAAUGAUACCAUCACCGGGCGGCUGUGACGAAGAGAUCGGCCUGUUCCUGUACAGGGGGCGCGUGGACGAGGAGACCAUAAGAUCCCUGCAAGGGAAGGAGACGGGGCUGCGCGAUCACGGCGAGCUGAUCAAGCUGCGCGUGGUCCCGUACAGCCAGCUCUGGCGGUCGACCGCGGACGCCAAGGCGCUCUGCGCGAUAGCCCUCUACGAGAUGGCCAAGCGCGAAGACCUGCUGCCGUCGUCGUCUCCGCCGUCGGCGAACCUGUAAUAAGGCCUGCUGCCGGCAUUGUGGGUUGUGCAUGCUGCAAGGAAAAUCUGAUGGCACUCGCCUGAGAAACGAAAGGAACGGCACGUGUUUGUACAAACAGAUUCGCGUACAUUGUUUGGAAUUGCGCGAGAAAUAGAGGUGUAUGUUUGUGCGUCACUGACGAUUUAUGAAUCUGUGAGGGCAUGGGUACUGCCCGUCA